AUGUCUGCAGUGACCGGAAGCAGUCACGGAAGACGCGCCGACAAAACCGACGCGUUCAGGCAAGAGCGUCCACAUUGCCAACACUAUGAUGUUGAGUGUCCUGUCAUCCCCAAAGACGAGCACCUUGAUGUCGCCGUCACGGUCGAUGCCGAUAUUCCUGCUGUCAUCAAAGACGAACACCUUCUGGCAGAUUAUGGCCAAGCGCAACUCGGCUCUCUGGAACGCAGUCUCCUCGUGCUUGUUCAGUACUAA